UGGGAAACCCAGCAGCAAUAUUCUUGGUGGGAAUAUGGACAGACUGGGAUCAUAUACUGAAUGCAUUUCUGCUGAGGCUCCUUCUGGAAGAUUCCAAGGGCAGUACUGCAAACUCCAAGUACAGCAGUAUCAACUCAAUUUUUCUCUUAAAUCUAUUCAACAAUGGUAUUAAAGAAGCAUUAUACUUCCCAGGACAGAAUUGAUUACUAUAAUGGAAUAUGUGUCCCUAAUUCCUGCCGUGAAGAGGAAAUUACAGCACUAGCCAUGCUAGAUGUAUUUAAAUUCAAGACCAUCUCUUUUCUAUUGCCUUUCCCAUCUCUGUUUGCUCUGAAUUCAACGGUCUCAUUCACACAGGUAGCCAGAUGCACGGCAGGCCUUUUCCCCACUGAUGCGUUUGUAGCAGUUUGUUUGCUUGUUAGCAUUGUCUUCAUCAUCUUGCCACUCACUGGAACUGUUUACACUGCUGGUGGAUGGAGAAAAGUUAGGUGCAAUGAAUUGCCCUCAGAUGGUUUGCUUUCUGCAAAUUAUGGGAGCACAUCUUCAACUGAAAAAAAUACAAGAAAACCAAAAGCAGAGAGAAAACAUAGUCAUGAACACGCAUCAGAAUUGCUGGCAGUAUCUGAUGAUUCAAAGCAAAGUACCUUGGAUUUUGUCCUGACAUGUUUUUCCUUGCAAAAAAAUCUUCCAGCCCUUUGGCUGACAGAACCUUCUCGCGAAGUUUCCUUGGCUCUAAAUGGCAUCAGAACACUAAGUCUUUUGUGGAUAAUUUCUGGACAUACUAGUCAGAUGACAGCAUGGCAGAACUUAGAUAAUGAAUUAGAAUGGGAAGCUAAAGUGCCCCAAAAUCCUGUUUACAUAUAUUCUCUCAGUGGACCAUUUUAUUUAGGUGUGGAUACAUUUUUCCUCAUUAGUGGCUUGUUGAGCUCCUGGUCUUUCUUGAACUUGUUGAAUUGCUCAGGAGAAGAGAUUGGUUUUCAUGUCACACUGAAAUAUCUUUGGAACCGACUUGUCCGACUUCAGCCGCUCCAUAUGUAUUCUGUAUGUCUUUUAGUUGGAUUGUAUUCCAUUGUUCCUUGGGGACCAUUAUGGGAAUACUCAAAACUUGAGGUGGAUAACUGCAGAAGUGUGUGGUGGAGUAAUCUAUUGCUGAUCAACAAUUUCAUCAAUGGACCUGAGUCCUGUAAUGGAUGGACGUGGUAUCUUGCAAGUGAUUUCCAGUUUCAUUUCACAACACCUCUGCUGGUCUUUUUCUCUACCAAAAAGAAACACUGGCUUAUCAUCCUAGGGACCUUUCUGUUCCUGGCAACUUUUACAGUUACCGCCCUUCUGUCAUCAAUCUAUAGACUUCCUGUUGCAAAUCCACAUGAUAUGAGGAAAACAUCUACUGUGAUGUAUUUCAUGGGGUAUUAUUCAAAACCUUAUUGCCGAUAUGGCCCAUUUCUAGUUGGCAUCCUUCUAGGCCUCUUCAUCCACCAUCAGCAAACACCAAUUCUAAGAACCAAGAUGCAGGCUUUCGUGGGGUGGCUUUGUGCAAUGUUUACCAUGUUCACAGUAGUUGUGUUGGCCUAUACACUAGAUGACACCUCCAACGAUUAUUCGCCUGCUAUUGCUAUAUACCAAGCCAUUCACAGGACUAUUUGGGCAGCUGCUGUGGGAUGGAUCAUUUUUGUGUGCAAAGAAGGCUAUGGAGGUUUCAUUGAUAAGAUGCUUUCAUGGGGCAUUUGGACUGUGGUUGCAAAGAUCAGCUACGCCUGCUAUUUGGUGCACCCAAUGUUAAUUCUACUGUAUAACGGACUUCAAGAAACCUUCACACAUUAUUCAGACAUCAAUAUGUUCUAUCUUUUCAUUGGGCAUUGCCUGACAACAUUUGUGGUUGCAUUGGCAUUGACAGUGAUGGUUGAGAUGCCCCUUCAAAAGUUAAAGCGAUCUUUGGCUUGCAAGCAUCAAGAGGAUCAGUUGUAAAGGACCAAGUGCAACAUCGUUGAAGCAAAAUAAAAUCUGUUCUUAUGA